GAUUAUCUGCAAAUAACCCCACUGUGGCUCUCGUCACUUCAGACUGUCUAAAUUCAGCACGAUGAAGCCCCAAAAUGUGUGUCUCUUGUUUUUUCUUGUUUGUUUAAACUUUUGCCUCAUUAUUAAAGGAGAAACUUGUUUUUCAAAGUUACAAAGACUCAGGGGAAGACCUACCACCAGCAGUGGUUUUAAAAUUUCAAUAAAAGACAACCCUUCCGCGUAUGUACCAGGUUCCAUCUAUUCCGUCUCAAUUCGCCAUGAAAGAAAUGUAUCUUUCAAUCAGUUCGUCUUGAGCGUGCAAUUGAAGGAAAAUGAUACCGAUGGAGGAUCGCCCCUUGAUGUUGGAAGGUUCCAGAUUCACCGAGAUACCAAAGCAAUUUUUGACCCAGAUUGCUUGAACACCGUUGCAGAAAUUGAUCGUAGCCCAAAAACUGAGGCGGUUGUAUCAUGGAAAGCACCAAAUCCUGGAAAUCAAUGUGUUUUAUUCAGAGCUAUGGUGUCGCAGGAUGGACGUCAUUGGUACAAAUAUGCUGAUGGUCUCACCUACAGAUUCUGCCCCGAAGGGAAAGAAAAUUUAACAGAAAAAGAAAACAAGACUUGCUGCGCUUGUGAUGAGGCCAAGUAUCAGUUGACUUUUGAGGGACUGUGGUCGAAUGCAACGCAUCCAAAAGAUUUCCCAUUUUCUCUUUGGCUGACACACUUCAGUGAUGUCAUAGGUGGCACGCAUGGUCCAAACUUUUCUUUUUGGGGUGAGGGUCAACUUGCCUCUAGUGGACUGAAACAUGUUGCAGAAUGGGGAUCUGUCCGAAUCUUGGAGGCAGAGUUGAAGGAAAAGAAAAAAUUUCUGCGCUCUCUAAUCAAAGCUGUAGGACUGUGGUAUCCAAAUGUCAACACCAAUACUUCCUCCACGUUUCGUGUAGACAAGAGAAAAAAUCUUCUGUCCGUUGUUUCUAUGUUAGGCCCAUCUCCCGAUUGGAUCGUUGGCGUAUCUGGUUUGAACUUGUGUACAAAAGACUGCUCUUGGAAAGAAGAGAUGAUAAUUAAUCUGUAUCCUUACGAUGCCGGUACAGACAACGGGAUCUCUUAUAUGUCGCCGAAUGCUCCAUCCAUUCCUCAAGAAAAAAUUCACAGAAUAUCAAGCAUGUAUCCAGAAGAUCCUCGUGCUCCAUUCUAUGAUCCAUCUGGCAAAGAAAUGAAACCAGUAGCUCGCUUAUAUCUUAACCGAAUAGAAGUUAUCCCCAAGUCUUGCUCGGAAAAAUCGGUGGAUGAUUUAUUGGAAGAGGUUCAUGAGACAGACAACACUGAGGAUUCAGCCAGACCGGAGUGUGCUGUUACGCCUUACUCUGAGUGGAGUAACUGUUCUGAAGUUUGUGGGAAAGGUCUGCGAAUGAGGACUCGGCAGUAUGUUCAACCUACGAAAGCAAAGAUGUCUGGUUGUAAUCGGCAAUUAGUCUCAAAAGAAAUGUGCUUAGGAUCAGAUCCAUCUUGUCUGCGGGAAGAAGAAGAUGAGCCUGACAACACAUGUGCAACUGUUGACUGGGGAGAGUGGUCAGACUGUUCAACAGACUGCGGAGAUGGCUUCAGGAUGAGAACAAGACAUUUUGUGGAGAAAUCAAGCUUUAAAAAGUGCCCUCAUGUGCCCAUCGUUGAGAAAGAGCCAUGUGUCGAGAAACUUUGUCAGAAUCAGACAGACAAGGUAGAUCCAAUGUGUCCCACAACAGAAUGGAGCGAAUGGAGCCCGUGUAGUGUAACUUGCGGACAAGGUGUACGUGUGAGGACAAGAUCGCUGAUCGUUUCUCCAGAGCUUACAGAGAAAUGCUCAACCAGAGUGAACCUACAAAUUGAGAAGACUUGCAAAGCCAAGGAAUUUUGUUUGACAGAUAUGGCAGUAGCCAAAUCGAUCUGUAUGAUGGGAGAAGACACAGGGCCUUGCAGGGCUUUCCUUCAGCGCUGGCGUUUUGAGCCGAUGAAAGGGAUGUGUAUUCCAUUUAUGUACGGCGGCUGUGCAGGCAACAAGAAUAAUUUUAAAACCCUCGAAGAAUGCAAUAGCAUGUGUUCCGUACUAGCAGGAGCUGGACCAGCAGUCAAUAACGCACAGCCUGAAACUAGUGUUCAAAAUGUCAACUGUGAAGUGAGUAAGUGGUCCGAAUGGUCUCCCUGUGAAACAGAUGGCGCCUGUAACACCGUUGGAAUUCAGAAAAGAACUCGAUCAAUUACGAUCCAUGCCCAAGGCAAAGGGAAGAAAUGCCCGAAACGUCUGGUGCAACAAAAAAGAUGUAAGGUGCCACCGAGCUGUUAAUCAGUGAAAAUUUAUUGUACUUAUAAAAUCCGAGUUGAUCGCUGAAUUUAGCCUUAAGUUUUGAGUCACUAAGCUGCUGUUCAUUUGAAAGCAAAUGAUGAUUCACCUAUUCAUAAUCUGAGCAUCCAGAUCAAAGUUAAUGGAUAUUCAUGUCGCAGAAACUUCUUUCAUAUUUUUUCUAAACACCGAAUAUGGGUGUAUUUAGUUUCAUUAGAAUUGUCUAAUGAAACUAAAUAUGUUAUAAGGAAGGAUUUUUAAUUGGCAUCACCGUAUCAUCUUGAGUUGUGUCAAUAAAUUUUUGGUGGUUUUUUUCCUCUUCUAAUUUUUCCAAUUAUUAUUUCACCACUGCUUUUUACCUACUUCAAAAAAAAACUUUUUGCUAAAGGCAACAUUUUUAUGGAAAAAUUGGAAUAAGUUCUGCAUUAUUUAUGCCCUCAUCAUUUUUGCCUAUGCUGAAUAGUUUUUAAUUCUUAACUCUUUAUUGAUCCUCAUUCUCACAAAUUUGCCGCGUAAUUUUUCAACCUCCCAACUCCGGAAGAUUAAAAAAAAAAUAAGAAGAAAAGAAACUAUUGCAUCCGCACUGCUGGUCAAACUUCAAUGAACUUUAUAAGUCAGUCUUUAAAGUAUUUUAAUUAGUUAGGUACGUCUUCAAAUUCACCAAGCAGACUGGGACUUUGCAUAAUGACAUUAUGAUAUUGUCUUGGAAGUGACCAUACUAUGGCUGCUCAAGACAAACACUAUCGGUAUAAGAAGAUCCCAUAAAUUAUUGUAGCUUGGUCUAACAAGAGUCUAUCAACUUGGGGCUGACAUGAUACAUGGCGGGACAAGACAUAGAAGCACCUACUCAUGCGGUAGCGUACAGUGCCUUUGCUGGUGCUGCAACUCCUUUCAAAGUGCAGGUUGUUUACAUGUUGUGCGAUGCCGUGCAUCAAUGUAAUUUUGGAAGACACUAGUUCAGCAAA